GAUCUGUCGCUCAGUUGUUGCAUACUUCUCGGCGUGACCGAUACGCGAACCUAAGAAACCAAAGAAAGGAACAGAAAAGAAAAGAAAAACCUCGUUAAAGGUGUAAAAUCUAGUGAAAGUGCGUUCCAAAUUCAAUUGGCAACAUUUCUCCCCUUCCAGCUGUGAUCCGAUUCCAAACGCCCGCCUAAAAGCUCGCUACGAUCAAUGCGCAGUCAGGGAGGUUCGUUUGCAGUGGCGCUGCUGCUUCUGCUGCUGUUAACAGCCGCUUCCACAGCGGCCGAUGCCGAACCAGAUGUGGAGUCCUCUGUUAGCACCCUGCCGCCGGGUGCAGACGCUCCCAGGAGGAUGGUAAAGCGUGCACCCACUUCCAGCUUCAUAGGGAUGCGUGGCAAGAAGGAGGAUGAGAAGGAUCAGCGGGCGGCCGAUUGGAUGGGACCCGAUCCCCUCGACUAUGCCGAUAUGGAUGAAGACAGCAUCUACUACGAGAACGGGAAGCGGCUCAAGAAGGCCCCCAUGUCCUUUGUGGGCAUGCGAGGCAAGAAGUAUAUACCCAUUAGCAACCGUCUGUCCAACGUCUUACAUCAGAUAGAGGAGCAGCGAAUGCGCGAGAACCUUCUCGAGGACCUAUUCGAGCGCCUGGCGGCUGGAGACGACAGUGUUGGGGAUGUUGGGAAGCGGGCACCCACAGGUUUCACGGGAAUGAGGGGCAAGCGACCGAUGAGCGGAGACGAUGACGAUAAUGAUGCCAUGGAGCUGCUCCAGAAACGGGCUCCGGUCAACUCCUUUUUGGGAGUGCGCGGCAAGAAGGAUGUUUCCCAUCAGCAUUACAAGCGAGCGGCUCUGUCAGAGUUCUGGCACAAUUUCUUAAAAAAGGCCUACGAUGUGAGGGGCAAGAAGGAGCGUUACGCGGACUUCAACAGCAAAUUUGUGGCAGUGCGUGGCAAGAAGAGUGAGCAGGACGCUGGCCUAGACACUGGCGAUGGCGAUGGCGAUGGCGAUCAGCAGUACCUGGUGCGUCCCUGGCUCUACCUUUGGGCCGAUAACAAGCGGGCGCCCAGUGGCUUUCAGGGCAUGCGCGGCAAGCGUCCAGCGCUCGCUGAAUAGACGUCGUUCGCUUCAUGGGGUUGACAGUGUUUGAAGUUCCUUUUAGAGCUACGAAACUAGGAAGAGAAGGCAGAAUCAGACAAGAAUCAGAGUUACAGACGACGACAAAAGAGUGUUUGCAAUAAUCUCAGGGCUGGCGAUUAUUGCAAGCACCUUAUGCUAACACACGCACAAACACACAACACAAGGACACAAUUGGCUUUGCAACAUUUUCUUUCGGUGUAAUAUAGAACGAGACUUGAAUUGAAUCCAAAGCCUCCCCAAUCAUUGAUCUAUCUAUUGCAUAUCUAAUUAUAAAA